AUGACUAGAAAAAAGGUGAAACUUGCAUUCAUUGUGAAUGAUGCUGCAAGGAAAAUCACAUACAAGAAAAGGAAGAAGAGUUUAUUGAAGAUGGUUGAUGAACUAACCACUCUUUGUGGAGUUGAAGCAUGUGCUAUAAUUUACAGUUCUUAUGAUCCUCAGCCAGAGAUUUGGCCAUCACCAUUGGGAGUCCAAAAUGUUCUCUCAAAAUUCAGGACAAUGUCUGAGUUUGGACAACGCAAUAAAAUGGUGAAUCAAGAGACUUUCUUGAAACAAAGGGUUAUGAAGGGUAAAGACCAACUUAAUAAGCAAAGGAGAGACAAUAAGGAGAAAGAGAUAACCAUGUAUAUGUUUGAAUGUCUCAAUGCUGCAAGAAUUAUGUCAAGCAAUAUGUCUAAGGUUGAUUUGAAUAAUUUGUCAUGGAUGAUUGACAAGAAUUUGAAGGACAUUGGUAGAAGGUUGGAUAACAAUACUAAUAGUCAAGCUCAAUUGGGAAUGGCAAUGCUGCCUCCAGAAGCAUCAGCAUCCCAGAAUGAAGAAGUUGAAAAUAAUAAUGUGGAUAUUAUGCGAGGGCAGUUUUUUAAGGAUACCACGGUGAAUGGUCAUGGAGAUGAAGCAGUUCUGUUUGAUAGUGAAGCUAAUCUUGAAAGUGAAUUUUGGUCAAAUCUACUGUCUUAA